CAGUUCUAACCAGAGCGUUUAAAUUCACUUUAUACCAAGCCGCCUUCAGGUCGAGCUUCUCGUCUUGGCUCAUGCGUAAAUUACGACUUUCAGUAGGAGCACCUGAACGCAGCAGGUAAGGCGCGUCCCUGCGCACCGCUGAGCUGAGGAGACGCGAGUGAAGGGACGCAAAACAUGUUGACUUACUGUAGGUGAUGAACAGGAGCAGCACUGACCUCAGCGCCGGGAACGGCUCGAAGAGCCGCUGUCUGAGCUGAAGUGACGUGUCCUGUCCUGUGCUGUGCUUUGCUCCUCAUCAUAGAUGGCCGAGCCAGAUGUUCCAAGGCACGUGUUGCGCACAGCUCUGCAGACAAACGGUACAUCUGCAGCUGUCACUCAGGCCUCUGUCACCAGGAGCAGUGGAAUCAUCCCUGGCGCCAUCGCAGCCACAGUGUUCAUAACCUUCUUGCUUGCUCUGUAUGCCGUGCUCUGGAAGUGCAUGGUGUCACCCCCACAACGGAAACACAGCAAGGUGAGGGUCCGAAUACAACAGAGGAACUGUGCUUAAAGACCGGCGUCAAGGUUCUGCCUGACGAUGUGCAUUGCAUGCUGGGAUUGGAGCGAGGCUGCAGAGGGGCGCGAUCUGUCACUGACGGAUCUGUCACUUUAACGCCUGCUCGUGACUUCUGUUGGCUCAAAGCUCCAGGAUGAUAUGAGACUUACCUGGCAGGUCAUGCUGUUUUACCUACUUUGCACUACUGUGAUAAUCUGCUGACCAAUAAGCUCUACACGUGUGUCAGAGAAAUAGAUUGUGGACAUUUUAGUGUUUGAAAAAGUUCAUAAUUGCAUCAGGAGGUUCACUUUGUGUGUAUUCUUUAAGAAUGCUUUUGAUAAGCUUUAACGCCGCCUUGGUUGAGAAUAAAAUGAGUAACUGUUCAAGUUGUUAGUUUUAUUUUAAAGUCACAUGGUUUAUUCACUUUACUCAGGAAGUUGUACUGUAAUUACUAAAUGAUUUGUGACUAUGAAUGCUGCCAUUUUAUAUGUUUGAACACUUAGUGGUUGUAAAUAAAACUUGUGUAAACUAAACUAACUUGGAUUUCUGUCUUACAGUGCAAAUGUAAAUACUAUGGAAGUUUAUCUGAUUCAUAUUUUGAAUGCCAAUGCAUUUCUCAACCGGCAAGACAAUAUGCAAUAUCAUCGUUCAAUUUGAAAAUGUAUUGUGCAAUUAUUAAAAAGUGUAAAUUCAACACUAAUUAAAAGUUUAAAUAAAGACUUGAUCAAUUGCA